CGGCUCUAGGGCCCUUCGGCGGUGGGUUUGGGCUCCGCGCCUGUUCGUCCGCGUGGAUCUGGUCGUCGUGUGCUGUGCCGCGCCUUCGCUAAAAUCGGGCGGGAAGUAGCAGGGACGGGUUAUCACCGGGAGUUCCGCGCAGCUUUCCGCCAGCCUUGGCGCCCCGCGGGACUGGGCGUGGGAGGGGGCAAGGUGCAUUGUCCAGGGAGCCGAGGUUAAGAUGGGGCACUCGGAGGUUUUCUUUUUCCCCAAGAGACCGUAGGGUUACUUUAAUAUUUACGUGUACUCUUUCAGAAGAAGCGUGUGCUAUCCACACUACCUUUCCUUUUACCCAGAUCAUAAUAAACGGUGCGUGCCUGAGACAGUUGGAAUGUUUGAAAAACUUGAUGUGGCCAGGAUUAGGAUUGUUAGCUUAAAUGACUGCUGCAUUUAGGGGGAAAAAGGUGUAGUGACUUGAAAAACGUGUUUUCCAACAUGAGACAGGCAAUGAAUUCAUGUAGAAUUUCAGAAUCAGUAUUGGAGUGAUCAGAUUUCAGUGGUUGGUGCAGCCUUGAAAAUAAAGGGCCACUUGCCCACGUGCUUGAAGUCGUUUUUGAGCAAGUUCUUCAGAUCAGCUGACUGCUAAUUAUAAUUCGUACAAAACUAUGUUGAGGUUGUAGAGGUUAUAUUCUUCUGGCCUUUGUGGAGCUUCUGCUACAAUUAAGCUCGCCUCUGACAAGAUUAAGACUGUUACUUGGUACAAUAGCAUAACAGCUUUAUUUAUAUUAGUAUUUAUUAGUUUGUAACCACUUAGUUUGACUAUAAAAUUGGAAAAUGAGAAACAAUAAUAGGCAGUGUUGCAUACUGAGCCAAGAGGUCUAGAUGCUUUAUCUCAGGGAUAAUUUUUUUUAAAACAAAAGCAUAGGUUGCUCCAAAUAUUUGAAUACAUGAGUUUGAUUAGAAUGUGUCCAUAUGUGAAAUAUGUACAUGAGAGGUUUAUAUCUACUUUUGUAAAAUAAGAGUGCUGGCAAUAUAAAAAGGAUCAGAGUAAAUUAAUGUGUUUUUAAAAAUUGGCUUUAAAAAUUCAUAGGACUGAAAUUAAUCCUUUUAUUUGGGUAUUCAGUAAUUUCCAAAGCACAUCUCUUAUAAUCCAAGUUCCUAUUAUAUAAUAUUACCCAAUGAACAGACUAUGCACUGACAUGGAAAAAAGGUAAAUUUUAGGAAAGCCUUUAUGGCCUCUUCUUUUCAUAUCUAAUUUCUAAGUGGCAUUCUUAAUUAAGAGUAAACAAAUGACAUAAUGAAGCCUGAAGACUAAUUUUCCAAUACCAAAGUAAAGAAACAGUGAUCUGGCUAUUACUUUGUUAGAGUCUUGCACAAUUUCAUUUGGCAUAUAAUGUUAGGACUUAGAUUAAUCUGCAGUGUAGGUAGUUGUGAAAGAUUUAUGUGCCUGAUUUUUAGCUUGCCUUUAACUAUCUUAAACAUUCACUAUUGAGGCUAGUACUUUGUGCAUUAAGAAAUUAGGUUUUGAUUGGAUUUAAUUAAAUAGUUUUAGCAGUUUUGAUAAUUUUUAUAGGAAUGACAGUUCCAAAAUCCUGAGAAUGAGAGUGGGGUCUAACAGUUUGCAUAUUGUGAGAGUAGAUGUUAUUGGAAGGUUUGGAGAGUUGGAGAAGUGUGUAUUUGUGAUUAAAGCAUAUUGGAACUUCCUAUCAAAAGAUUCUAGUGGUCCAUCAUUGGAAAGAGGAAAAGACUGAGAAAUCUUUGUCAGUCAGUGUUUCUAACAGGGUUCUUUACUGAAGGCAUUAUCUUUGGGAAGGGAAUGAAUGGGUAGUUGUCAUCCAUGGAUUGAUUUAAGAAGAAAAAGAUGCACAUAUUUUCUUUUGGAGUGAAUCCUUAACCUUUGGGAUUGUUGCCACCACAUGCUACUAUAGGCACUAUCCCAGCUUUGAUAUUUGUGGGCAUGUCUCUGGUAGAUGAAGUUAAAUAAGGGGAAAAAAUGGAGGUAAGGAAUACUCUAAAGCAGAAAAGUAUACAAGCAAAGCAUUAUGAGGCUUUCUUUGGGAAAAAUUUAGGAACUGUUAACAAAAUCUGUCCUGGUAAUAAUUAUAUAUGUUUGUAAAUUUCUUUUGUUAUUUGUAUUAAGAAAUAUGGAGAAUAUGUCCUUAGUGUGCUUUAUAAACAAUGGAACAGAUUUAGAGUAUAGUGUAUUAAAGUAUGUGAAAAAUUACUGAAUUCUUAACAACAACCAUUUAUGUUUGUCACUGUUGGAAAGUCUUAAUGACUUAGUAAAAAUAUGGGCUCCUGUCCACAAGGCAUUUAAGUGAUGCUGUGUUUCCUGUGAUAGGAAGACAAACCCUUCUCAUUUCUCAUUUCAAAACUUGCCUCAGGCUGGGAAUGUAGCUCUGUGGUAAAGCUCUUGUUGCCAUUCCCAGCACCAGAAAAAACAAAUCAGAGCAAAACUUGGCUCUCCUAUGGAGUGCCCUUUAAGCUCCCAGAAUGCAGAUAUUUUUUUUUUCUGUCUUUCGUAUUGCCUUAUCCCAAGGCCCUAGAACAGAGCUUGACUUAUGCAGGAUGCGAGUUAAAUAUUUCUGGUAAGAAUAGUACACUGGGAUACUCUUCCUUUUAGUGAAGGUCCUGCAUACCUUUUGUUGUAGGACCUCUCCAGCCUUACCUUUUCUGCCAAGUCAGCAGCCCACCUUGAGCUCUUUGAAUGUUACCUGUUUAUACCACACUCUUUGGCAUGUAAUAUCUUACUUGAUGUUGUAUUGUUAUGGAAGUAUUUCAUAUAGUUUGUUUCCUCACCCAAAAUAGAAGCUCCCCAAGGCCAAGGAGUAUUUAUCUAUACAGUCCCAUUUUUGAGAACUGCCUUGGUAUCCAGUAUAAUAUAUAUAGAGAGAGUAGGUUUGUGUGUACUUAUUGAAUGAAUAUUAGUUACCAUGGGAAAACAUCAAAGAUAUUCAAAAGCAUAGGCAUUGUUAGUUGGCUAAACCUUGUAUGCACAUAUGAAGCAGUAUGAGAAUUUGGAGCUAAAUAAAGCAGUAAUAGCAAACAUUUAUGUAGUGCUUAAAAUGUGCCAGCUACUGCCCCAAUCCCUUUACAUGUUCAUUUGUUUGAAUCUUACAGCAAUUCUUUGAAGUAGGUAUAAUCAUGACCCUGUUUUUCAAAUGAGGAGACAGAGGCACAGCAAAGUAAUUGUUUCUAGCUCAAGAUCAUGAUGUAAGUAAUAAGUAGGCAGUUUGGCUCUUCAGAGUUCUCAUGGCUUCUCUGGAAUGUUUUACUUUAUACGUCAAAGAGGGAAAUCUAAAAGUUUCACUAUUUUGCAGCUGUAAAAGAUUCUCUUUUUAAAAUUUCAAGGUAGCAUAAAAGAUUUCAGUGGCUCUGGGCUGAAGAAACAAUGCUAAAUUUUCCAUAUAGAAGAGGUUGAUGAUGAAUUGGUCAAGGGAACACUGUGUGUGGAAAUGACUAAAGACAGGGAGAGAAUUUUGUAUCUCAAAGCUGAGUAAGGAAUUGAAUUCUUUACAGCUAUUGAAUUCUAGAAUAAUGAUUCACCAGAACCUAGGACAAUGACUUUGUUAGAAAUGUAGUGUUGAAAAACUUAUGCCAAAUAAAAUAAUACUAGGCAACAUUUGAUAUCUUACUGCCUUUUUUUUUCUUUAAACAUUUACUGGAUUUAAAAUCUUAAUAAUUUAUCAUGAUGUGGGUGUUACUGAUGGUUUCCUUUUUUGUCCAUUUGCUUUGUCCUUUCAUGGAAUUUUGAUCAACUUUUUCAGCUUGUAUUGAGCUAUAAUAGAGAACACUAUUGGUUAGUAGACUUCUAACCAUGUAAUAUAUUUUUUUUUUUGGUGCAAAAAAAUGUAAAAUUGUGCUGUUGAUUUGGUGACAGGCCUGGAGUAAAGUCAGUUGGAAGCCAUGUGCAAUUAGAUGAGGGCUGCAAACAAAACCCAGCAAGAUGAAGAAAAAAUUAUAUUCUCUGAAAGUCCAAUUACAUAUUCCUUUUAUUGGAACUGACAAUAUAAUUUGGGGGACAUCGGGCAUCAGCAAUCACUGAAUCUAAAUGACUCCACAGUUAGGGAAGUGCACACAUCACCCCACCGCUGUCCAGGAAUCAGAGGAGGAAGUGCCCUUGAAUGAAGCAUGGGCCACAAACCUGGUUAGCAGCCAGGGUGGACACACACUUUGCAGGCAUCUUACCUUGGAAACAGAGUACCAUUGGCUUCUUUGUCAUCUUUGAAUAUGAGAGAUAAUCCUAGUUUCAGCAUGUCCUCAAUAGAGACCAACAGACCAGCUUUAUUUCUUCAAGAAGCCUUCCAAAGCCUGUUGGAGUGGCAGCCAUUUCCAGAAGUAAAUUAUGUGUCAGAUGCCUGUGAGUGGACUGAAUGGCCCAGUGACUCAUUAAAAUAUUUGUGGAAGAAUAUGGUAAAAAAACUGAAGAAUUACAUUUCAAGAAGCAACUCCAAUACCAUUUAGGAUUUUUGAGCAGCUGAAAGAAGAUAGUUCUGAAAAUAGGAAUGACAAGAUUCUAGCACAUUUCUUUAUGUGUGUCUUACAUUAUCUUUGUUAACACUUUUUGUGUAUUAUUUUCCAUUAGGUAAUAGCUGGUAAUUUGCUUAUGAUCAGAGAUUUGUUUUUGUUUUUGUUUUUUUUCCUGUGUAGAUAGAGAAAUGACAUUAGGGGAAAUAGGAACCAUUUGGUGGAAUUUAGGCCCUUAUGAAAUUGACUCUUAUCAAAUAGUCACUAAAGGGUGUGAAGUGUGGAUAAAUUGUUUCUUUAUAUAAUGAUGUGCUGCUUCUUGUUCGUAUUCAUUAUGACUUUAGUUUCAUCUUUUUUUAUCUUCUCCAAGCCUUUGUAGAUGCCUGUUUUUUUUUCUUGAAAAAGUUUUUGGCACAGAUGGUCUGAUUAUCAUAUUUUUUUUUUCAGUUUAAAAAUAAGAAUUACAUCUUCAUAUGUAAACCUUUGGUUGCUAUUCUACCCCAAUUAUUUUUCAGGUUCAAGAAUAGAAUAAUUUCCAUUCUUUUCAGCUUUGCUCUUUUCUAUUUUUAUGUUCUCAUUCAGUGUUUUGUUGUUGCUCUUAUUUUCUAAAUGGAAAUGAAAGGUGAUUUCUGUUUUGCAGUAUCUGUCUGGAAAACCAGAAUAAUGAGUGGUAAAAAUUUAAAGCAAGUGAAAUAUUUUAACCCUUGUAUUAAAUUUCCAUCAAACUUCUUUUAGUGAUGUUGAUGUGUUACCUUCUUACCCUUGCCUUUUGUGUGUUGAUGGAGACAGUAAGGAACAGGGAUUUCUCCAAAUGCAUAGAAAGAGAAAGAAAGCUUUUCUAACUAAAUGAAACAGUCGUCAGUAAGGUCAUUAAUGUAUAGAUACAAUUAGGUUGUUGGCUAGCGUUAACAAUACUUGAUAUAAAUUAUAUUUUCUUUUUUUUACUUGUUAUGCCCCUAUAAUUGAUGAUGAGUAUCAAUAAUUUUCUCUUCUAUAAAUUAAGGAAAGUUUUUGCUCUUGUGAAUCAAGUUUUACCCAAUAGGAAGAAAAAGAACAAAAUUUAAUGAAGCAAAAUUCCAUAAGGCAUUUGUUUAGCUUUACUAUUUCCUUCCCCAUUAGGCCUGUUUUUGUUACUUCAUUCUUUUAAUUCUUUCAUCUUCUGUCCUAUCUACUUACUACUUUGUCCCACUUCCACAUUUUUACCCUCUUCUGUCUAGAAUUUCUUGAUUGAUUUCUUUGUUAUUUGCCUACUUCCACAAUUUAGCCUCCCAUUGAAAAUGUUUUCUCUUCUCUUUACCCUUUCUUAAGAUGAGUAUACCUCCUUCCCCAUCUGCUACUUUCAGUCUUUUGUGUUAUCUCUUAUAACUCAGCACCUGUCAUCUUUGGCUCCUGCCUGUUUUACCUCUUGUCCACUUGUACUUUACUCUCAUCCCCUGUGAUGGUCCAUUUCCUCUAGCACCUCAGUCUUGGAUUUAUUUCUGUCUGUGUAGCUUACUGAUCUGUCCUCUGUGUCAUCUAGCUCUGUUGCUUCUCAGCACCAAAUUAAUAUUUUCUUCCUGUACUUUUUAGUCAUUGUGCAUUUACUCCAUGAGCUCUUUUCUAUUUCCCUUGUCCCUGUGUGAUAGCUAUUACUAGAUAGAUUUGUUGUCAGUCUCUGCAUAGAACACAGAUCCUUGCCGAGUAUUUCCUGAGUAGCCAGAAUGAAUCAAUUAUUAUUAACUUUUCUUAGAACAUUAAGCUUCCUGUGUUUUCUGCUUCUAAGAAUUAAAUUGGUAUUCUAGAAGAUUAAUACUCCUUUCAAGAGUUCAGAUAGUCAUAUGGUACUGUCAUUUUAACUCUUUUGUCAAGAGUUGGAGAAUUUAUUACUCCUGUUUUUUAAAAGAUUAAAGAAUAGCCAAAUCAAGUUUGGGGUGGGGCAUGGGAAGAACAGAAAGAGAAAGGUAAGUACUAGUAGAAAAGGACUCUAUUAAUUAAGAGUUUUUAGAAAUGGAAAGAAAACUGAAACCACAGCUUUAACAUUUAUUAGGUAAAACGUCCCCUAAAAGAAUAAAAAGUUCCAGUAAUUUCAUUAACUAGUUUUAUGAUUGCAUUGUUUUUCCAUUUCCUUUUAAGUUCUAAGAACUUUAUUGUUAAAAAAAAAAAAAAGACUUAAUCUUGCAACUGUUCCUUUUAUUUUUGAAGGACAUGAUGUCUCCUUAAAUAUUAACUUGUGUCAUUUUGUAAUUAUACUGUUACAUUCCCAAAGUGCUAUUAACAACUGACUCUAGUUUCAUGUGUGGGAAAACAUAAAUUGUGUGGUCUUGCCCCUUAGAACUCUAGUUGUAUUAUAAUGAAAAGAUAGCUUGUGGGGAGGCUUUAUUUUAUACUGUUUGUUGAUUUACAUUUCUCCUAUUUUUCCAUUAUUCCUCUGUAUGUUCUUAUUUAUGAAUGUGCUGAAAUUUGGUUUUUAUAAUGUGUUUGAACUGUUAGAGGCUGACUGAUUUGAGUGUAGUUCUUCAACUUAAAGAAAAACUAUAUAUCACAUAUCAUGGUAAUAAGAUAUUAAGAAUAUCCCUACAACUAGGAACUGGUCAUAUUGAAUACUCUUUUUGCCUAAGCCCUCCCUGUGACGGUGGUGGUCAGGUAUCUGGGAGCUGAGAGAACAACUAAGUGUCCAGUAAUGGUGCAGAGAGAGUCUCCACACUUUAGCAGCUCGUCCUCGGCACCACAGUUAGGUUACUAACAAGGAAUUCAUAGGUAUGCUAAGUCUUUCUGUGUUUUGGGACUGUAGAGAUGAAUAAGGAAUGGCCUACUGUCUGUGGAAGCUAUAAUUGAGUAGGGAAUGUUAAUAAGUGAAUGAUUGUAAUAGCAACCAAAGGUCUACAUAUGAAGAUGUAAUUCUUAUUUUUAAACCGAAAAAAAAAUAUGUGGCAAAUGCUCUUAUAGUAACAAGCUAAGGGAUCAGAGUUCAGAAACGUAAAAAAAAAAUCAGGAAUAUAAGUGUAUACUUGGUAAAUGUAUAUACAUUUUAACGUGAGGUAGUAAUUUGUCCCUUAUUACCUGUGUGGAUCAGACAAGUUAUUCAAAACAUUCAGCCUCAGUUUCUUCAUUUGUAAAAUGAUAUUAUCUAGUAGUGUUGACAUAUAGAUUAAAUGAGAUAAUCUGUAUGAGAUGCCAGUAUGGUCCCUUAUUCAGUUAUUGUUUAGAAUUUGGAGAAAAAACAGCCAGGACAGAACAUGGAAUAGGAAAAAAGAAAAUUCUUUUUGGGGAGUUAACUCGGAACCACAGAGAUAAUGUGGCUGCUCAAAAAUGCUUAGAAUUCCCAUUUUAUAGUUUUUGCUUUUGCAGUAGUACCUUAUAAUCAAUCCCUUUUCUUUUCAUUCUCUUUUUCAUAACCAAAAGUUUAUUUAGCUUGAUCUACUUAGCUAUCUUUCAGUGACUUUGGUGUCUCCUCAUAACUGAAGCGCAUUCUCCAAGAAGUUAAAAUUUGUAGCAGUUGAGCAUAUUUGAAAAAAAUGUACCACACACUUCUAAAGGCAGUUUAGCAGGAAGAAUGUCACCAUCAUUGGAAUAGGUCUUUGUAAUGACUACUUUCCAGAAAUUUGGAGUAAAAAUUACAUAAAGUUUUCAUACGGUUGUGGCUUUAGGUUUUUAUAUAUAUACCAACCUGAGUGUAUUUCCUGGAGUAUGUAUAUGUUUUUGAGACUGGAGCAAAGUUACUUUUUUUGUUACUUUAAAAGAUAUUAUUUAAAUCAGUUUCUUGAACAGACCCCGACUGAACAAUUUACAUUUCUGGUGUAGAAGAAAUUGGCAUAAUCAUUCAAUAUUAUUUUGUGUUUGAUUAUCUUACUAAGUUACCCGAUUUUUGAUCUGUUGCCUAGACCAUAUUGAUAUAUCAGGUUAGGUAAAAAUUAUUCUUCUACCCUGGGUUGUUUGGCCUUUAAAAAAUUCAUAGUGUGAUUGAAUUAAUCUAUUGUAGUUUUCUAUAUAUAAGUUUUAUAAUUGGGGUAAUUUUAAAAUAUCAGUACAGUCAACCCUUUGUAUCUGCUGGUUCCAUAUCCAGUAGUUCCAUAUCCACAGAUUGAGCUGACCCUAGAUAAAAAAUAUAUAUAUAUAUAUUUUUUUUUUUUUAAAGAGAGAGAGAAUUUUUUUAGUGUUUAUUUUUCAGUUUUCGGUGGACACAACAUCUUUUUAUUUUAUGUGGUGCUGAGGAUCAAACUCAGCGUCCCGCGCAUGCCAGGCAAGCACGUUACCGCUUGAGCCACAUCCCCAGCCAAAAAAAAUAUUUUUUAAAAUAAAAAAUUGUUUCUGUACUGAACAUGUAUAGAUUUUUUUCCUUGUCAUUAUUCCCUAAGCUAUAUAACAACUAUUUGCAUAGAAUUUACAUUGUAUUAGGUAUUUAAGUAACCUAAAUAUUUAAAAUACAUAAGAGGAUGUGUGCAAAUACUAUACCAUGUUAUAUAAGGAACUUGACCAUCUGCAGAUUUUGAUAUCCCUCCUACUGAGGGAGGACAAUAUUGAGCUAGAAUACUAACUCAAGAUUUUAAUAAAGUUAAAAAUAUAUGUUUCUUUUAAAACUGCUUUCUAAAAAGUUUUAUUUAUAACUUAGAGGUUUAAAUAAGUUUAGUAUGUAUUUUAUGGCUGGUAUUAAUUUAUGUUGACAUUAUAUUCAUAGGUAAUCUGUAUUCCCAUAGAAGGAAAAAUGUGCAUUAAUAUUUGAAAGCUAGUUUAAGCUGAUUAUGAAAAGUGGCUCCUAUUUGUGUUCACUGGAAGAUUCUCAGUAGUGCUGUGGUCAUGUGAACAAUAGCAUGUUUAAUUGCCACAAUGAAUGUCUAGCUUGCAGAAAUGUUUGGGAAAUUUCUGCAGAUGAGUAGAAUGAGCUGAGGUACUGGUUAUGUCUUUGCUCCCAGUUACAUUCUUUGAGAAACUUUUUCCUCUUAGUGUUUUACUUGUACCUGGAUUUUUUUAAAAUUAAUAUUGCCAACAAUAAUAGUCACCUGUAUGGUCAGGCUCAUGGCAUACCUUAAUUCUUGCUAUUAUGUGAUUUUCUAAUAAAAUUUAUUGUAAAGAAAUAUACAUGUUCAUAUAUAAUGUACAAUAUAUGUUUAUAUGGAUAAGUAAAAAAAAAAAAUUUAGGUGAGUUCUGCAGAUCAAUAGGUUUGUUGUAGAACAUUGAAUAAAUGAGGAAAUUGAGGAAGGCUAUGCAACUGUCCAGUGACAGUAAGUGAUGAAACCAGGACUUUAAUGAAAUCCCAGUCUUUCAAUCACUUUUCUGUAUUAACUUUUUAAACUUUUACCUUUAAAAAUUUGGCUGUCUUAUAAAUGCAUAUUGUUUUGUGUUAAGGAGUACUCUGUUAAUUCUGUUUUAUACACAUAUUUUUUUUCCCAAAAAGAAAAGAAAGCAAAACAAACUUUUUUUCCUGAUUUUAGAAGUAAUGAGGCUCAGUGUUAAGAGUAGUCAUUGCUUAAUGAAAAACCAAAAACAGAUAACACAGAAAGGAAUAAAGAAGCAGUGAAAAUCACUAAUAAUUCUACCAUCAGAGUUUAACAUCUUGGAUAUAUGGUUUCCUGACUUUUUUGUUGGUGUUAUUUUUGUGGUGCUGGGGAUUGAACCCAGGGCCUCAGGCAUGCCAGGCAAGUGUUCUACCACUGAGCUGCAUUGCCAGCCUGGUUUCAUGACUUUUGAUUUAUAAAUACAUAUGCAUAUAUUUUCAAAGCAAAUAGGUUCAUAAUAUACAUGUUAUAACUCUUUAUUUUAUCUUGGCCACACUUCGAUGAUAUUAUAAGUCUAUAUCUUCAUUUAAAAUAUUUUCCGGGGCUGGGGUUGUAACUCAGUGGUAGAGCACUUGCCUAGCACGUGUGAGGCACUAGGUUCAAUCCUCAACACCACAUAAUAAUAAAUAAAUAAAAUAAAGAAAUUGUGUCCACCUACAACUAAAAAUAUUUUUUAUAAAAUCUCACUUUCUAAAAAUAACCUCUUUUAGGAAAGUUCUACAUUUACAAAAAAGUUGCAAAGAUAGUAUAAAGAGUUCUGAUAUACUCCACAUCCAGUUUCCUCUAUUAUUAACAUUUUACAUUAAGGUUAUGAAUAAAUAUCAAUACAUUAUUAUUAACAAAAGUUUUUACUUUAUUCAGAUUUCCUUAAUUUUUACCUCAGAUCUUCUGUCCCAGUAUCUGAUCCCAAGAAACCAUGCCACAUUUAGUCAUCAUAUCUUCUUAGAUUCCACUUGUCUAUGGCAGUUUCUCAGACUUAUUUUUUUUAUGACCUCGACAGUUUUGAGAUGCAUUAGCCAGAUGUUUUUGUAGAAUGUUUCUCAGUUAAGACUUGUAUUAGUCUUCCUGGAGGAAACAUGGUUAGACUAGAGUUAGGAAUUUGGGGUAGGGAGAUCAUAUAGGUAAAAGGACAUUUUCAUCACUUCAUUUCAAAGGUGAAUGUUGAUUUUGACUUUAAUGACCUUGCUGGAAUAGUGUUUGUCAGAUUUUUCCCACUAUGAAGUUCCCCUUUUUUCUCCCUUUUACAUGUUUUCUCUUGGCAACCCACAGUUAGGGCAGAGUAUCUACAUACAUUAUUUGGAAUUAUUCUGCGCAGGUAAUUUCUUCUGUCCAGGAGAUUUAUCUAUCCUCUGUCAUUUACUUAUUAAAUCAGUUAUGUCAGUAUAGACUAAUGGAUAUUUAUUUAUACUUUGGGUUAUCCAAAAUUGUUGCUCAAAUUUUUAUAGCUGUGGCCAUUCAGAGCUCUGUUGGUUCCUGUGUCCCUUUGCCAUACCCCUAUGAUUAUGGAUUUAUAUCUUCAUUUUUAAAACAGCUUCAUGGAGUUCCAUUGUAAGAAUGUACCAUAACCUACUUAACCAUCUGGUUUGGUGGUAAUUUAGGUAUCAGAUUUUUUCACUAUUAUAAACAGUACUUUGAUAGGCAGUCUUCAGAAGACAUUUAUGAUAAUAUUGUCUAGAUAUUGUAUUCAGGAAAAAGUUAUUGUAUUAAAGGGUCUGGCCAUUUUACAUUUUAUGUGAUAUGAGACUGAAAUAUAUCUUAAGCAGAUUUUUGAAGAGUGAUCAUUUUCACCAUACCUGUGGAAAAUACAUUUUUUUCCCCAAAUGACUGUAGUCACUUAGCUCCCUAUUUUUUUUUUUCCUCUUGUGAUCAGAGCUGAUGGUGAUACCUGUGGUUCUUGAGCUGCUUGACAUCACACCUUAUCUCAAGACCUGUGCCAUCUCAAUGUAGAAUCAGUUGCUAUAUACAGUUAACAGAGGGUGAAAACAAACCCAGUAUUCUGAAGACAGUGACCUUACAGAAAUCAUCAUGUCCUAGUCCUGCAUUUUAGAAAUAGGAAACUUACUAGAUGAGAUGUUUGGCCUGGAAGCUUUCAGAGAAUCUGGAUUUCUGCACAAUUCUCAGGAUUCUUUAUUAUAUGGGUAUGUUUUAUAUCCUAUACAAGGAAGAAUAUACAAACUUUCUAUGUUGGAAAUUUUCAGACAUAUACCAAAGAAGACAAAAUUGUAUAAUUAAUUCCAUAUCCCUAUCACCCAGCUUUAUCAUGAUUUUGGCCAAUCUUGUUAAAAACUCAUAUUCAGUUUCUACCACAUAUUAUUUUGAAGCAAAUAUCAGAUAUUAAAUCACUUCACUUAUAAGUAAUAUAUUCAGAAUGGAAAAUCUUCUCUCAAAGCAUAACCGCAUCUCAUUACCACACCUAAAAAUAUUCCUAUUCAAGGAGGAUAUUUAGUUACGAAAACUUCCAAAAUUUAUGUUUACUAUAGAUUAGAAUCUGACAGUAGUGGAAAUACAGUUCCUUGGUAUAAUCUCCCAGAAAUUAAAGAUACUGUCCACCAGACAGAAUGGCCUGGAUUUUCUUAAAGUCUGAUGUCUGAGGGUCUUACCUGGAAGAAACAAAUUAACCUCUUAGACAAGCCCUUCAGAAGUAGAGAGUUUUAAAGAAUAUAUAACAGAUGUCUCCUAACUAUAUGUAUAUGCUUUUUUCAUCUUAACUAUUUGAGUGAGGACGAAGUUCCAAGGACCUAUGAUGACAAGAAUUAUUUUUCAGAUUUUUCAUGUUAACUGAAGCCAUGGAUGGGAGUACAGUGGUAUGGCCAUUCCACUCCAGAUCCACCGUGGAAAUAUUUUUGAAUGUCAAGUUAAGAUUCCUGCCUGCUAUAUCCUGAGUUGGGAUUUUACAAUGCUUCUAAGAAAACAACAUAUUGAUGUCAUAACAGCAUUUGCAUUUGCUAUUAAGAAGACUUGAAAGGAAGGAAUAUCCUUGAUAUCAGAGGUGAUCCCAAGGGCGGACCAGGCAGCACUUACUCUCUUCAAGCAGCACAUUAUGUGGAUUACUAGAUUGUCUACACCUUAAAAGGGAGGAGACAUCACAGCUUUCCCAGAUUGGGAGAAAAAAUAUGGAAUGUGUUUUACUGCUGACUGAACACAACCAAAUGAACUGUACUGACAGUAGUUUGAAAACCAGCAGUUAGCAGUUUGUUCAGACUCUAACACUGUCCAGCACUUUCCAGAGCAAACUCACUGUUUACAAGAACUCUCGGCCUUACGAAGUUUAUAACCUCAAGCUUUGUUUAUUUAAAAUAUUUCUGCGAAAGAAAAGUACCCGAAGCCUAUUUUCCAAAAUGGCCAUGGAUGAGUAUUUGUGGAUGGUCAUUUUGGGUUUUAUUAUAGCUUUCAUCUUGGCAUUUUCUGUUGGUGCAAAUGAUGUUGCCAAUUCAUUCGGUACUGCCGUAGGCUCUGGUGUGGUGACCUUGAAGCAGGCAUGCAUUUUGGCUUCAAUAUUUGAAACCACCGGCUCUGUGUUGCUGGGGGCCAAAGUAGGAGAGACUAUUCGAAAAGGUAUCAUUGACGUGAACCUAUACAACGAUACCGUAGAAACACUUAUGGCUGGGGAAGUUAGCGCAAUGGUUGGUUCAGCUGUUUGGCAGCUGAUUGCAUCCUUCCUGAGACUUCCAAUCUCAGGAACUCAUUGCAUUGUUGGUUCAACCAUAGGAUUCUCACUUGUUGCAAUUGGUACAAAAGGUGUGCAGUGGAUGGAACUUGUCAAGAUUGUUGCCUCUUGGUUUAUAUCUCCACUGUUGUCUGGUUUCAUGUCUGGCGUGCUGUUUGUACUGAUCAGAAUGUUCAUCUUAAAAAAGGAGGACCCUGUUCCCAAUGGCCUCCGGGCACUUCCACUGUUCUAUGCUGCUACUAUAGCAAUAAAUGUCUUUUCCAUCAUGUACACAGGAGCACCAGUGCUAGGUCUGGUUCUUCCCAUCUGGGCAAUAGCACUCAUUUCCUUUGGUGUUGCUCUACUCUUCGCUCUUUUUGUAUGGCUCUUUGUGUGUCCAUGGAUGCGGAGGAAAAUAGCAGGAAAAUUACAGAAAGAGGGUGCUUUAUCACGAGUAUCUGAGGAAAGCCUCAAUAAAGUCCAAGAAGCUGAGUCCCCUGUCUUCAAAGAGCUCCCAGGUGUCAAGGCAAAUGAUGACAGCACCGUCCCUUUAACAGGAUCAUCUGGGGAAGCAUCUGGGGCCUCAGAAGGCACAUCAUCGGGGAACCACCCACGCGCCUCCUAUGGAAGGGCCCUUUCCAUGACUCAUGGUUCUAUAAAAUCACCAAUCUCCAAUGGCACAUUUGGCUUUGAUGGCCACACGAGGAGUGACGGACAUGUGUAUCACACUGUACACAAAGACUCGGGGCUCUACAAAGACUUGCUGCACAAAAUUCACAUAGACAGGGGCCCCGAGGAGAAGCCUGCCCAGGAAAACAACUACAGGCUCCUGCGACGAAACAACAGUUACACAUGCUACACCGCAGCCAUUUGUGGGAUGCCAGUUCACUCCACUUUCAAAGCUACUGACUCGUCCUCUGCCCCAGAAGAUAGUGAGAAGCUGGUGGGUGACACUGUGUCCUAUUCUAAAAAGAGACUUCGCUAUGACAGCUACUCCAGCUAUUGCAAUGCAGUUGCAGAAGCUGAGAUCGAGGCAGAGGAGGGUGGUGUGGAAAUGAAACUAGCAUCUGAGCUGACAGAUCCUGGCCAGCCUCGAGAGGAUCCUGCAGAAGAAGAAAAGGAAGAGAAGGACACUGCUGAGGUCCAUCUCCUGUUCCAUUUUCUGCAAGUUCUCACUGCCUGUUUUGGGUCCUUUGCUCAUGGUGGCAAUGAUGUGAGUAAUGCCAUUGGUCCCCUGGUAGCUUUGUGGCUGAUUUAUGAACAUGGUGGAGUAAUGCAAGAAGCAGCUACUCCUGUCUGGCUGCUGUUUUAUGGAGGAGUUGGAAUUUGUACAGGUCUCUGGGUUUGGGGAAGAAGAGUGAUCCAGACCAUGGGGAAAGACCUCACUCCAAUCACACCUUCCAGCGGCUUCACCAUUGAACUGGCCUCGGCAUUCACUGUGGUCAUCGCCUCCAACAUUGGGCUUCCUGUCAGCACCACACACUGCAAGGUGGGUUCCGUGGUGGCUGUGGGCUGGAUCCGCUCCCGAAAGGCCGUGGACUGGCGCCUCUUCCGUAAUAUCUUUGUGGCCUGGUUUGUGACUGUCCCAGUGGCUGGGUUAUUCAGUGCUGCUAUCAUGGCUCUUCUCAUAUAUGGGAUCCUUCCAUAUGUGUGAUUUGUCUUCUUCCAACCAGUAAACUAAAGGGAUAGUCUAGCAUGGGUAUGUGGAAGGUGUUCCCUCAUAUCUCUCUCUAUCUCUCUCUCCACCCCUCUCCCUCCCUCCCCCGCCCCCGACACACACACACACACACACACACACACACACACACAUCCCAACCACACACAGCUGUCUCCCAACCAGCUCUCCACAUCCUUUUCAAAUGGUUCCAGACCACACACCUCACCCAGGCUGCAGAAAUUCAUCUUCCAGAGCUAACUUAACUACUGUACAUAGUAAUAUGUAUUAAACUGUUAUCGUGGUGAUAUAAUGUGGUGCAGUUACUUAUAUAUUAAAUAUAUAUUGUAUACAUAGAAUAGGUAGCAUUAUUUCAAACAUUCAAAAUGGGAGUGGAGGUUAUUGCCUAGAAUUCAAUAUUCAAUAAAUCUUGUACAUAAUGAUUUCUGUGGCAAAUGUUAAGGCUUUUUCAAAAGAAAGUAUAGAUUGGAAAAUCUUUUUUUUGCCCCCCUCCAUGAUACUUUCUUCUUUAAUAUACUGUAAGAUAAAUGAGAUACAAGAUACACAAUACAAAUUUGGGCAGGUGUACAUAGGCCCACAUCUGAUUAAAUAAUACCAGGACAGAGUUCACAAGUGCUUUCACUGAAGUAUUUGUUCAUAUACUAUGUAUGGAUUAUUGUGUAAUAUAUCAUAAUUACUUUUGUAAAUACUUAAAACUGUAAUUUUUUUAAUGGUGUGCUUCCCUUAUACUUUUUUGAUCAGAGAAUUUUGGAAAGUACCAAAGAAGCAGGGGAAUAGUUUGCCAGUAUUAUUUUUUCACAUUGUUUGUACCCCUCCUCAUUAACCUGGAUGUAGUAAGACCACCCAAGCUCUGACUUGCCCCAGAGCAUUGUGUGUGGUUGAGACACCAGCGCCCAUCCUGUUCAUAUUACUCUUGGAUUCCCCACCCCACCAGCACCACCACUGCUGCCACAUACCAGAUACUGGUCAGCCCUGCAGUGGCCUUUCAUUGUCACCAGCGUGGAGAAUGUACAGAUGUAAGGAUGUGUAACUAGACACUACACAUCAAGUCCAGUUUAAAUUUCCAUCCCUGUUCUCCCCUGCAGCUUGAAAAAAAGGGAUUGUCUCAAACUUUAAAGCCAGUGAGGCUUUUUUAUGUGCUUUGACAUUCUAGAAAUUCAUGGGCUGGAGUUUAAUACUAAAGGUACACUGGGUGUGAGGAUUUCCUUGAGGCCUUUAUUAAGUGGGAGAUCCUGAUGCUCUCUUGUAGUCCCACUGGAUUCUCUUCUCUUUUGAUAGCGGGAGGAAGUAUGACUAAUGUUAGAGCCUGAAACUACGGAAAUGCUGCUAAAAUUUUUAUAUUGACAAACAUUUUCUCGGUACUUCAUUGUGAUUUUUCAUUAAUCAACCAUAUUAAAUUUAUAAUAAAAAAUGCCCCUCAAAA